UGGGGGGUGGCGACCCGCGUGGACCGGGCCCAGCUGGGGUGCGGGGCGCGAGCGUGGCCCGGAGGGGGUGUGGCCCGGCCUGACGCCUGGCGACUUCAGGCUGUUCGCUGGCUCUUUUCUUGCCGUCUGGGACUCAAGUCUCUAGAGAGCUGCGGACGCCGGCGCUGCGGGGCCAAGAAGAGCUCAAGAUCCAUGGCCCAAGAUGACUCUAGCAGUGGAGGCUGUCUUCUGUAGAGAGGGGGACUGGAUCGCAGGCUGGGAUGAACAUGCCACUGCACCAGGUCUCUGCCAUUCCAGCCCAGGACAGUGCUUCUGCUAGGAUCUUUAGGAGCAAGACCAAAGAAAAGGAGAGGGAAGAACAGAAUGAGAAGACUUUGGGACAUUCCAUGAGUCACUCCAGCAGCAUUUCUAAGGCUGGGAGUCCUCCGUCCUCAUCAGCUCCAGUGUCAGCCUUCUCUCACACUUCUAUCACGCCAUCCAAUCAGGACAUCUGCAGUUCCAGCGCAGUGUUCUCUGAGUUUUGUCACAACAGUCCUGUGCAGUCUGCUGUUAUCUUGAAAGCUCCUCCCUGCCAGAGUUCUCUGACACCAGGGCUCACUGUGACAGUUGUCUGUAAAGACACACUGCAGGCGACCAAGAGCAACUCCUCAGGGCCAGAAUGGGUUGAGGCCUCGAAGCCUAUCAAGAGCACCAAGGCUAGAAGAGCCCUGAAGUUCUCCAAGUCCUUAAGCGAUGUGGGGGUGAAGGCCCAGGACAGCCUAGAGAGCGCAUGCUUUGUGGAGAGAACCUGCUCCGAAGGGAAGCUGGCUCUGCCCCCGGCCCCCAGUCUCAGGACCAGCAAGUUCCUUCUUAAGGAGCGGAGAGCGCUGAGCCGCACUCCUCUUGUCCACUCCAAAUGCGCAUGUAUCCCAUCCCUUGCUGCAUCCCGGCCAGCUGCCUCGGAGGUGAGCACCAGCAGGAGGGGUGACCACGGCCCCCUCUGGGAGGAGAAGGUGGAUGGAGAGUCCACAUCCGGGAGCCGGCGCCUGUUGCGCUACCUUCUUUCACUGUCCCGCGGCUCAAGCACCAGCAUCCUGCACCGAUUCCACGAGCUUGAAGUCCAUGCUGCCCACCUGCAUGCUACCCCCUCUUCCAGUGGGCUGGCGGGGAGCACGGGCUUCUGCUCAGAUGAGAUGGGUGAUGAUGAUGUCUUCGAGGACAGUGAAUCUGCCAGGCUGAAGAGCAUAGUCCUGCGGGCACCCCUCUGCUCCAUGGAGAAGGACAGUGACCUGGAUUGCCCCUCUCCCCUGUCUGAGAAGCGUCCCCCAGCAUCCCCUGUGUCCACCUCUGGGGAUGCCUGCAGGAUCUGCCACUGUGAGGGUGACGACGAGAGCCCGCUGAUCACACCGUGCCACUGCACAGGCAGCCUACACUUUGUGCACCAGGCCUGCCUGCAGCAGUGGAUCAAGAGCUCCGAUGCACGCUGUUGUGAGCUAUGCAAAUACGAGUUCGUUAUGGAGACCCGACUGAAGCCACUUCGGAAGUGGGAGAAGCUGCAGAUGUCAACCAGUGAGCGCAGGAAGAUCAUGUGUUCUGUGACCUUCCACAUCAUCGCCAUCACCUGUGUGGUCUGGUCCCUGUACGUACUCAUCGAUCGUACUGCUGAGGAGAUCAAGCAAGGACAGGCAACAGGUAUCCUGGAGUGGCCCUUUUGGACUAAGUUGGUUGUUGUGGCCAUUGGCUUCACUGGAGGACUUCUUUUUAUGUACGUUCAGUGCAAAGUCUACCUGCAAUUGUGGAAGAGACUCAAGGCUUACAAUAGAGUGAUCUAUGUUCAAAACUGUCCAGAAACAAGCAAAAAGAAUAUUUUUGAAAAAUCUGCACUAACAGAGCCCAACUUUGGAAAUAAAGAUGGACGCGGACUCUGUCAUUCUGACACAAACUCCUCUUGCACAGACCAUGAGGAUGUUGGGGUGGAGAUCAACCACGUCUGACAUGUUCCUGGAUGUUCAUGCGAUGCUGAUGGAUGUUGUUUACUACCAACUGUGUACCUUUCUCCCACUCUGUAAUAGCAGAGUUGGGCAGGUGAUGAGUUGUGCUGGCCUAUUUGUGAACUGUCCUUGAUGAUCAGAAGCCAUCCUGUGACCAGUGUCAGGGUCCCUCUACUAGGCUGCUCUUGGGGAGGGAAGUUGGGAGGCCCUGGUGGCUACCACAGGAGGCUGAUGAGCUGUGCUCCUGGUCUCCACAGAGUGAAGAAUGAAAUGCCAAACCUAAAGGUCAAGCUGGAGCAGGGCACAGGAGGAGACAGCCUCGCCCUGCCCUGGCCACCCCAAGCCUGCAGCACCUGAUUCCCUAAACAAGCAGCACUUUACAGAAGAGUUAUUUUUUAAUGUGUCUGGUGAGAUGGACACCUACAAAUCAUCACAUUUAGAAACUUCCCUCACCACUCUAGUUGUUUCUCUCACAUGGAAGUAAAUCUGAAACCCUCUUUGCCUUAUUUAUUGUAGGAAUUGGAACCUUCUCCCUGUGGGAUGUGACAGUGGGACAGCACUGGUGGGAAUGGUGGUACCCAGUGGUGGAGACCUUCAGCCUGGAAUCUCUGUCUCCAGGACCACCUAUUUGUAGGUCAGCACUAAAACCAGGAGGCUUUGGACAUCAGAAUGGGAGAAGUGAGUACUUAGUAUAGCUGAGUGUUUAAAAGAUCACAUCUUUACAGAGUCAGAGGUCUCUGGUUGCUGCUGACUUUAUGGGGAAAGGACAGGAAUUUGCACCUCAGUGCUCCUGGUACAUGCCCUGUGGCACUGUGGAGUUGCUGUGGGGCCCAGAGAGGACAACAGACUGUGAGGACCACUGUGUUACCACCUCUGUGUACCUGGCAUGGCCUUCAGGGACUGGACAGACAGGGCCUCCAGGACCUGAGCCUACUCAGCCCACCUGUCAUCAGGACCCCUCUGGCACUGUUCAAGGUAUAAAACCAAAACCACUCCCAGGGACAGAUGGCCCUGUCCCUUUAAAAAAAUUGCCUGAAAUUCUCUUUACGAAGGCCAUUGUCAUAGUCCCAGGUAGACAGUGAACCUGGGAGGCAGCCAGGAGCCUGCAGCACAAGUGGGAGGACAGGGUGUGCUGUGUAUGCCACUGCCACUGCCAGUGCUGCAUCUGUACAGCCUCCACCAGGGCCCUCACAAACAGGAUGGCUCACGACCCCAGGAGGGACCUUGUGGGUUGAGCUGCUGCUCUGCCCUGCAGGUACCAGCCACAGCUGUCUGAGGUCAUGUGCCCUCUGCUCCCUAGCCACAUUCAGCGUGUGCCUGUGCCCACUGUGCCCAAAGUGCAAUUACCAUGUCCCUGUUCAGCACAGGGACACCUGGCAGCUACAGGCUGUCCACUCAGGGGAGUGAGCCCACCAGCCCUGCCUAGAUCCCCACAAGACCCAAGGAACUGCCCACAAGACCCAAGUUCCAUGUACUUGCCCUGCCAACCUCUAGUGGGGGACUUUGUGAGCCCCUCCUCUUGGAGCCCUGUCCCCUGAGCCUGGAAAGCCUUGAGACUCAGGUAGACAGGAGCAUGUGCAGGGGGUGCUCUGGCACCCCAACAGCAAAGGUGCACUGACCUUGCCCACACCCAGCAGGAAGCCUCCACCCAUGUUAGGAAGGCUGGCACCAUUUCUCUUGCAACUCUGCAGAUGGGUCCCACAUCUUUCUCUCCCUCAGGGCAUCAGGUACCACUUGCCUUUCCCUUCCUGCAGGACAUGACCGCAGAGCCCUCAGCUCUGCCCAUGCCCUGUAGCUGCUGGGAGCAAGGGGCUUAUCCCUGUUCUCACCUCAUUUCUACCUAGCUUCAGUGGAGGUUGGCAUUUGGUGAGUCACACGAAAUCCUGGGCUCAAGGUCUCUGGGCCAGGAGGACAGAGGCCACAGUCUCAGGGUGUCACUGUUGGUCAUCUUUGGCUUAGCACUGCAGCCCAAUACCACUGGCAGUCUUCUGAUUUUGGCUCUAGGUCCAAGCCUCUGAGGUGCCCUGCCUGGUGUGGAAACUGCUAGGCACGGACACAGGAACUGCUGCCCCUCCCUUUAGAUCUGAUUUCCAAUAUGCAACUUCCCUCUCUAUCCCAAGGAAGGGCCCAAACACAGGGAGGUAGAAGCAUUUUUCUCUAUUUUGGAAAUAAUUAUUCAAGGUGCAGAGCUGAUCUGUGCGUAUUUAGAUGCAAUGUUUAUAAAAAGUUGAUUGUUAAUAAAAACCAAAUUUACACUGG